AAAAUUAUUUUUAGAGAUUUAUACUACUGGGACUCGUACUGGGUAAUCAAAGGCCUCCUCCAAUGCGAAAUGUACGACACAGUCAAAGGAAUGCUGGAAAAUAUCUGCCACCUGAUCACCAAAUACGGUUUCAUGCCUAACGGGACGCGCGUCUACUUCCUCAACCGAUCUCAGCCGCCUCUAUUCACUCUAAUGAUCCAAAGUUACCUCAAAUCCACCAUUGAUACUAAUUUCAUCGGAAACAUCAUUCAAUGUGUAGAAACAGAAAUGAAUUUUUGGUCUGAUAACCGAACUAUUCCUGUUGAAAAAGAUGGAGUUACUCAUAUGUUGGCUCAUUAUCAAUCUUCCAGUAACACUCCCAGACCUGAGGCUUACGCAGAAGAUGUUAGAACUUGCAGUAGCUACGCUGACAAAGCAGCUCAGAGUUUAUGCUAUCAGUCAUUAAAAAGUGGUGCCGAAACUGGCUGGGACUUUUCCUCCAGGUGGUUUUUUGAUGAUAACGGUGGCGUCGAUACUAAUUUAACUCACAUUCAAGCUCAACGUGUGAUACCUGUGGACCUCAACGCAUUUUUAUGUAGAGCUUUUGCUGAUUUAGCUGAUUUCUAUGAAACUUUAGGCAAUAAGGAGAAAAGCGACUACUGGCAAGAGCGCUCGGAUAUAUGGAAAAAAUCAAUUCAAAUGGUUUUGUAUGACGAAGAAGAAGGCAUUUGGUUUGAUUAUGAUUCGCAGCUGCAAAAAGCUAGGAAGUACUUUUUUCCAAGCAACUAUGCACCUCUUUGGGCUGAGGUUUACGAUUUAAGCAAAAAGGAGGUGUAUGGUAGAAGGGCUGCAGCUUACUUCGUAAAACAAGGAGUUGACCAGUACCUGGGCGGAAUUCCUACUUCUCUGUUGCAGAGCGGAGAACAGUGGGAUUUGACCAACGCUUGGCCUCCUCUACAAGAAAUUGUGGUAUUAGGACUAUCGAAAACUGGCAAUAGUAAUGCUACGGAACUUGCAAGUACUUUAGCUGACAGGUGGAUUUCAGCUAACAUGUUAGGCUACGAAGAGAACUCGAUAAUGUUUGAAAAGUACGAUGCGGUAGUACCGGGAAGAUUCGGCGGCGGUGGCGAGUACACGGUACAAGCUGGUUUUGGCUGGACCAAUGGCGUUGCUUUUUCCUUUAUAGACGAAUUUUAUAUAGAUAGUUGAUAAUAAAAUAUUAGUUGUAUGUGUUUCUAGUCUUUUCUUGCAAUUUUCCCAAAAAUUAUGUACUUAUACCAAGGGCCCUUAAUAAUAAAAAAAACUCCUCAUCAUGUUUAAGUAAUAGUUUAUUAUUAUUUGAUAGAUCACAUUGCAACAGUCAACUUUGGUUUUUGUUUCCUUCAAUUGAGUCUAUACACUUCUAAGGCCCGGUUUUAUAAAUCCCAAAACCAAGCCUUAGAUAAAUUCAUUAUAUUUUGUUACAGUAUUAAAAAUGCUACACCCAUCACAUUAUUAUUAUUGUAUUGUAUUUACAUCCCUUAAAUUUGUGCUCUACCCUUUACACAAUUUAUUUACAUUUUACAUGGUAAAAAUAUUUUUUGGCUUAGUUUAGUUAAAAUGAAGUUAUACACAAUAUAAUAUGGAACUAUGCUGGGGCAUUUUUGUAUAAUAUCCAUUGUUUCUUGAGCAAAAAUACCGUCUAAAAAUUAAUAUUUGGACGCUAAAAUCUAAAAAAAAUAUUGUCAUGUUUCGACGAAAAAAUUAUCCAAUCACGAGGAUUCGUCGAUCUUGUUACUGUCGGGGUCUUCGGCUUUUUGCAGACAAUCCCUGAUACCUUUCAGGAUAAUUUCCACCCUGCGGUCAAGCGCCUUGAGAUGGGGUUCCCAUAGGAUCGGCGCUAUGGGGUCUUUCGAUAAACUAUUGCGCAAGGCUUCGCUCAGUUUUGUUGGACCAUUGUGA